UCCGCAGCUCCGCUCCGCGCCGGGGCCCCUCUCCGCCCACCCGGGAUGAAGACGGCCCAAGCCACGGGCGAGGAGGCGCCGGCCAGUGUGAGGUCCGUCAAGGUGGUCCUGGUGGGCGAUGGCGGCUGCGGGAAGACGUCGCUGCUGAUGGUCUUCACCAAUGGGGACUUCCCCGAGAGCUACACUCCCACAGUGUUUGAGCGGCAUGCUGUCAACCUACACGUGAAGGGCAAACCCGUGCACCUCCAGAUCUGGGACACAGCAGGGCAAGACGACUAUGACCGCCUGCGGCCCCUGUUCUACCCCGAUGCCAGCGUCCUGCUCCUCUGCUUCGACGUCACCAGCCCAAACAGCUUUGAAAAUGUCUUCAACCGGUGGUACCCAGAGGUGACUCACUUCUGCAAGAGAGUGCCCAUCAUUGUGGUGGGCUGCAAGACCGACCUGCGCAAGGACGAGGCACUAGUGAACAAGCUGCGGAAAAACAGGCUGGAGCCAGUGACCUACCACAGGGGCCAGGAGAUGGCGAGGUCCGUGGGCGCAGUGGCCUACCUCGAGUGUUCCGCGCGGCUCCACGACAAUGUCCACGCCGUCUUCCAGGAGGCAGUGGAGGUGGCUCUCAGCAGCCGCAGUCACAACUUCUGGCGGAGAAUUACCCAGAGCUUCUGCGUGGUGACCUGACUGCCCCAGAGGCUCCAAAAGGAGCUGGGCACUGACCUGCUGCCGAGGUACCUGGGCUGGACCCAGUUCCUAGGCUGGACCCACAGAACUGCGCCUCCACAGACGGGCACCACCAGCGUUGGGCGCGGCGCCUGGGAACCCUAGAUGGAGUGAGGAAGGGGGCUCCCCAGCCCGACUCCCGACCGACGCCCACUUCCUGGAGUGGCUGUGCAGCCUGACCUGGCGCCACCUUGUGGGUGUUCGCGGGACUGCAGCCGAAGGUCCGGACUCCCAGAAGGCGCACCCGCCUCUCCCUACUGUCCCGGGAGUAAGCAUAACAAGGAAAAUGACCUCA